AUGAACGACAUGAGAGGCUGGUAUUCUGGUCUCAGCGCCCAGGUCCUGGAUCUGGUAGCCGAUUACGCAGGGCAGGAGCUGUUUUGUCUGGACGGCGACUCCCUCGUGCUUCAGUGCCUCGACGACCCCGCUCUGGACUUUACCUCUGGAUUCCAGCUUUUGCAGGCAGUAUGGAACGUGGAGAGAUUCCUCGCGAAGUUACUGGCGACCAAGUGUCGAUUCCACAUCGUGUUCUUUGAUGAGAAUCGAGAGCUUCCCGCCUGCGCAGCUACUCAAGACAUCCAUCAGUGCAAGUAUCGACUGGCGAGGGAGGUGAUCUACCAACAUCUCAAGAUCCAGGUGCAGGCUCGAUUUCCGGACCUCUUGGUCCGCCGGUUCACGUCCGUGGCUGCUCGAGAGUUUAAAGAAUAUGUUCAGACCUACAGCGUGUAUUUUGUUAUGUGUCAUAAUGGAGUGCUGCAGGGGAAGGAAGAGUUACUUGAUGAAACACUUCUUAUGAUCUGCAACAUGAUGGCUCUUGGACUGGACGUGGCGGUCAUGAAUGAGAUCGAAUGGAGAGAUAGCAAGAUCCUCACCAGAGUGGUUCGAGCGAGUUCCUCAACGCGUCCGUUGAUCGACAUCGAAACGAAGAACACAAGAAAAGAGAUACCAUACUUGGCUAGAUGCAAGUCUGAGCUACAGUCCAUUGCAAAAGCGAAGCAAAACGGAGAAGGAUUGCCAAUGACAGCCAGAGAGACGCUGACCAUGGUCGUCAUCUCGGCUCUGGCUACCGGGGAACAGGAUCAAGCGCUGAGGCAAAUGUUGGCUGUCUUACUACUGCAUCUUGCUUGCCUAACCCAGCUAUCUCUGCAGCAAAGGAGACUAACGAUCCUUGAAGUUCCUAAUAAGGAGAUAUACAACACAUUCAUGGACAAGUUCUGUCUCACUGCGACUGCUCUUCUCCAAACAAGCGAAUGGGACAAUCUCCGUAUCAAUGACAAUACGAAUGAUCUGCAUGAUCUCAUUGAUGGAAGGCUUCUAAAGUCCUGCGCUGCACUCAGUAUUGAUGACAAGGUGACUCCCCUGAUCAGCUUGCUUGGCGGUGGCUGGGAUACGGUCCGUGACUGCUUCAACCAUGUCAAUGAAAAUGGUGGGCCGGGGACGUUCUUCUCGCCAGACUAUCAGAGGAUAACCUCAUUGCAAAUUAGCGACUGUUCCACAGGUGAAGAAGACGAUAAAGCUGACUUUUCCCUGUUGCCGUUUGAACAUCCAAUAUUCGACAAGCAUUUAGCCAGUGUUCGCGUCAAAGUCCUUAGUGACAAUGAAGAUGAAUGCCCAGAGCCAAGCUUCGAAGACAGGACGCACUGGCAUACUCGACGACCACUUGGGUCUGACCGCAGAAAGCUUCCCCAGAAACCAAUAACCAAAUGGAACAAUCCUGCGAGAUGGAAUCAGAAGAGGGUCAGCGAGUUCACCAAAUAUGCGGCGAGCCUUACCAAUGCCAAGGGUACUUCGCUGGAACCAGAGUCGAUUUUCUCUUCAGAAUGUCAACCACAGAAGGCUAAAUCAUCAAUCAAGGGAGAACUUGUGAAACAGGAGAACGCAAGAAACGCGUCUGAGGCAAACGAAUCUACUUACCGAGAGUGGUUGAAAGGAAGAAUAUCGGAGCUGCGAAAGUUUGACACCUCUCGCCAAGUGAAGGAGAUCAGGGCUACCAUUCUAGGCAAUCAUGACGCCGCCAAAGUAGCGUUCCUGGAGCCAGAAGUUCGCCUGUACCUAUUGUCACUGCUUCUGCUCCAGUGGCAGAGCAUAAAACCCGCUCAAAGCGAGGAUAAAUGUCUUGCGGCAGCAAGAGAAGUCUGGAACGAGAUCAGAAUCCUUCGCCACCUAAUCAACCGCAUGACUGCAAAGGAACAUCGCAUGUUCCAAAAGAUAUGCCUGAAACUGAAUAUCCCGGGCCUACCAUUGCCCGCGUCGUCUUUACUCAAAGUGAAACUGUGUUUUGAUUUUGACAUCGAGGCCAUUAAGCCCCGACAGCUGGGUGAGCCUCUCGACUUCCAAGCCUUCCAGCUGCUCCAUUGCGGUCCUAUGAUGGAUCGUCAAAUAGGUGCUCUGCCGGACAGGCGUGUCCAGUUUGUGCCGGAUGAAUGGCAACGGCAAGUACUUGAUGAGCUUGACAAGGAGCACAGCAUAUUCGUCGUGGCUCCAACCAGCGCAGGAAAGACAUUCAUUAGCUUCUAUGCCAUGAAAAAAAUCCUGCAGGAAGACAAUGACGGAGUCCUGGUGUAUGUUGCCCCGACAAAAGCAUUGGUCAAUCAGAUUGCCGCAGAAAUCCACGCACGGUUUAGGAAGUCAUACCCUGACCGAUCUCAUAAGACUGUUUGGGCCAUUCAUACCCGCGAUAUUCGCAUCAACGAUCCCAUGAAAUGCCAGAUCCUGGUAACCGUUCCCCAUCUCCUCCAGAUUAUGCUUUUGUCGCCGUUCAAUGCCACCACAUGGGCUCCCAGAGUCAAAUGCAUCAUCUUCGAUGAAAUUCAUUCAAUCGGCCACACUGAUGAGGGACUCGUUUGGGAACAACUCUUGCUACUCGCUCCAUGUAGGAUCAUCGCUCUUUCCGCAACGGUGGGAAAUCCCGCCGAAUUUGCGGAUUGGCUUGAGUCGACACAAAGCAACCUGGAUAUCCCUAUGAAGCUCAUUCAGCAUAGCCAACGCUACUCAGAUCUCCGAAAAUACUUCUAUACUCCCGCCUCUAAUUUCUCUUUUAAAGGUCUCUCCGAGGCUGGGAAGAAAGGAAUCCUUGAAUCUCAAUCUAUCGAAGGCUUGGAACCACUUCACCCAAUCACUAGCAUUCUCAGCAAGCAGCGGCAGGUGCCUGAGGAUCUCUCUUUAGAGCCAAGAGAUUGUUACAUGUUAUGGAAAUCCAUGUCAAGACAUUCGUCGACUGAGUUUCCUGUGUCAGAAUCACUGGAUCCGAAGGUCGUGUUUUCGUCAUUGAUUCAGCGGGGCGAUGUGCAUGUAUGGGAGGCUCGACUGAAGGAAGCCCUAUCGACUUGGAUGCAAUAUGACAAUUCCCCCUUCGAAAAGGUGCGGAGCGAGCUAGAGACUACCUUUGCAACUGCGAAAGAGACCAAGCACACGGAGACCCGCGAAAUAUCGCUCUGCGAGGAUGUCCGUUAUGAUGCCCAAUCGAUGAGAAUGAAGCUUUGUACCACUGUUUUCCCGCUACUUGUUGGUUUGCAUCACCAGAAUGCGCUUCCUGCUUUGCUCUUUAACUAUGAGCGAACAACAUGCGAAGAAAUCGCAAUCGCGACACUUCAGCGCUUAGUCAAGGCCGAAGAAAAGUACAAAAGCAGCGCACAGUGGAAGGAAGAGUUGGCCAGAUAUGAGGAAGACAAGAAACUUAAGCAGAAAAUGGCCCGGGUCGAAGCAAGUAAAAAGAAGGGAAAGGGUCGCAAACAGCCACACGCUGAAGACGAGGGUACUGCAAAUGAGAUCGAUGAUGAUAACAGUUUUUUCGAACGAUUUGAUCCAGAACGACCGUUGGAGCAAUUCUCAUUUGCCAGGACUCGACAGUGGGCUUGGGAUGAUCUCCUGAAGGAAAUUGAAAGAAUGAAAAGACACAAAGUGAAUCCUUUGCUCCUCGAAGCACUAAAAAGAGGGGUGGGUGUCCAUCAUGCUGGGCUAAAUCGUCGGUAUCGUCAGUGUGUUGAAAGGCUGUUCCGGGCAGGAUUUCUUCGCGUGGUUGUGGCAACUGGGACGCUGGCUUUGGGUAUCAACAUGCCCUGCUCGACUGUGGUGUUUUGUGGAGAUAGUGUCUACUUGACUGCACUGAACUUCCGUCAAGCUGCUGGUCGAGCAGGUCGUCGUGGCUUUGACAUUUUGGGGAAUGUCAUCUUUCAUGGUAUUCCACGUCACAAAGCAAACCAAUUGAUCAGUUCGCGGCUGCCCGAUCUGAGUGGCCAUUUUCCUAUCACAACGAGUCUCGUGCUCCGGCUUUGCAUCCUUCACCACAAUUCCAAGGGUUCAGCAUAUGCCAAUCGCGCGAUCAAUUCACUGCUGUCCCAGCCGCGAUUCAACUUCGGAAGCGCUGAGUCGAAGGAGAAGGUCCUACACCAUCUCCGUUUCUCUAUUGAGUAUCUCAGGCGCCAGGGUUUGCUUGGGAGCCACGGUGAGCCAAUUAGACUGGCUUCAAGCGUGGCUCACCUGUACCAUACUGAGAACAGCGCCUUCUCAUUCCAUGCUUUGCUCCGAGCAGGGUACUUCGAGGCACUCCACGAGCAGUAUCGAAACAACAGAGAGGAAAAACUGAGAACGCUGAUUCUCGUAUUAGCGCAUUUGUUUGGAAGAAACUCCCUUGGUCAACGAUAUGGAGAACUCCUCGAGCGUAAGAAAGAGUUGAAAUCUCCAUCGAUCGUCAUGCUUCCAUCUAUGCCAACAAAUGCUGCUGAGGCACUUCGAGCUCACAACAAAAGCAUCCUAAGAACGUAUACUUCAUAUGUCGCAACCUUCGUGGACCAGCACCUAAGCGAGCCAGAGCGCGAGUUGCCGCUCAGUAAGCUACCAGUCGGGGGCAUGGGGAGCCACGAGCUCAGUCAAGGGUUGGGGGCGCUCGCGGCAAACCGAUCGCGUUCCGCAUUUGUUGGGCUAUCCGGGCACAAUGACCAAUUUGAGACCAUAGAGGAUCUGUGCAAUACCGUGCGGUCAGGCGUGUUCCUGGAAGAGAGCGUGAUACCACAUCUUGAUAUCUACCCGGAAGGAGGUAUGGCACCACUGAAUGCUUACCUAUACGACUUUUUCUGCCACGGAUCUGUGGAACCUCUUGAGGUUGCAAACCGUAUUUCACGUUCGGAUGUCUGGUUUCUGCUCAACGAUUUUUCUCUCAUCCUUGCUACGAUACUUGUUUCUCUGGAAACUUAUCUAGAUCCCAGCCGACAAGCGCGUCCGUUUCUGGAUGACCUAUCCGAUAUGAAUGAUCCGCUAUUGUCUGAUUCGGAAGAUGAUGAAGAGGGAGCAUUGGAUGCUCGGCAGGGUGCUCAACACGCAAAGCCAAAGGAAACUGCUACCAGAGCUUUAAGUAAGCCAGGAAAGUCGCCUCAGGCUGCUAAACCGUCGUCCAAGAAUAUUACGCCUGAGAAUUGGGACGAUGAUUUGGAUGACACCGAGGCUUCUGCAAAACGGGAUAGUGGCCCCGAGCUUCCUAGUAACGAGUACAAGUGGCAAGCUCCGAUGGUGUCAAUGGAGGUUCUGUCUGCGUUCAAGGAGCUGAAGGAGGAGUUUGACGAGAAGUUCCAUGCUAUUUUUGCAUAA